AUGUCGGGCUGGUUCACCUUGUUCACCAACUGUCGCUACAUCCUCAACGGCGAGCUUGUCGAGGACCAUCUCGUAAUUUCCGAUGAGACUGGACUCAUCCUGAAAAGAGAAGGCUACAUCGGAGGCGAGGCCAUCGAUUUGGAAGACAGCAUCAUAGCCCCCGGCUUUCUGGAAUUACAUACUAAUGGAGCGAAUGGCUUUCACUUCACGCAUCAUGAAGACGAGAAGAUGUAUGCAAAAAAGGUAGAUGAAAUCGCGAGGUAUUACGCGACUCAGGGGGUCACGGGAUUCUGGGCAACCAUACCUACCGUAAAGAGUGAUGAAUUCCACAAGAUCCUUCCCUCUCUCAAGCCUCGCCAGAUUGCCUCUUCAGCAUCUCUUCUUGGAGCUCACACUGAAGGCCCAUAUCUACAUCCUACCAAGAAAGGCGCCCAUAACAGCUCCCUUUUCAGUUCUUGUGCAACAUCCCCUUCUACCGUCUAUGGAUCCUCCAACCUGCAAUCCACUGUCAAGCUCGUGACCGUUGCACCGGAGCUCCCUGACUCAGCGGCACUUAUCAAGACACUGACGUCGCAGGGUAUCAAGGUAGCGAUGGGUCAUUCCUCCGCCACAUACGAAGAAGGAUUGACUGGGCUCAAGGCUGGAGCAAGUGGCUUGACGCAUACCUUGAAUGCGAUGCCAGCUUGGGCAUCGAGAGCCCCUGGGCUGGCUGGAUUGAUAUCGCUACCAGAAGCAGGAAAGAUUUCACCUCCAUGGUACACAGUCAUCGCGGAUGGGGAACAUCUUCAUCCAAAUACCGUGUCUCUGCUUCAUCGCUCCAACCCGAAGCGGUCAAUUCUGAUCACCGAUAGUAUCGAGCUUGCAUCCCUCAAGGACGGGACAUACCCUGGUCACUCACAGAUCCCUUUUGAACAGGUCAAGAGCGGAACACGAGCAACAAUCGCAGGAACCGAUACGUUGAUUGGCGGAUGUAUUCCACUCCAGCAGAGUGUGAGGAACUUGAUGAAUUGGUCUGGUUGUGGAAUCGCAGAGGCUGUAGGCACAGUGACAGAAAAUGUGGCUGCUUUCAUGGGUGUUGAUGGUGAAGGCGGUAGAGGUAUACUGAAGGAGGGCAGGAGGGCAGACUUGACUGUAUUGAGUGAGCAAGGCGAAGUACUUCAAACAUGGGUCGCUGGACAUAAGGUAUGGGACAGGGAAGAAGAUAUUCAAGCAUUUGAGGACGAUGGUGAAGCGAGAGUCUUAACUAUACACUCCAAGAAUAUGAACAGCGACAAAACUGCCAAUCUUCCGAUGUAUAGCACAGCAUCCAAGUCCAGCAAGUCAUCCCCACCCCUUGUCAUCUACGUGCUCGGCCCACCCUGCGCCGGUAAGUCGACGCUAUGCACCACUCUCGUCAAUAAAUUCAAUAUGGACCACUUCUCCAUCGGCGAUGAACUUCGUGAUCUGAUCUCCUCAGACACAACGGGCCAUGCCGCACGUAUUAAAAACAAGCUGUCUGUUGCUGAGCUGGAGGACUUCGCCACGAACGUCAAAGCAGGGACAUUGGCACCGUCAAACGUGACCCCCAAGUAUGUCAAGGAGCGUAUAUUUCCCGACGGUGUGGUACCACUAAACCUACGAAUUCUAAUCGAUGGAUUUCCGAGGGGAGUAGAUCGCUGGGAGACGUUCAAGGACAGCGUGAAGGACAUAUGGCAGCCUGAUAGUAGUACCUGGACACUCUUGCUGUGUGUUGACCGGGCAGUGGCUCGACAGCGGUUUUUGAGUCGUGGUAGGGCAGGGGACGUCUUUGACAAGAGGUUUAAUGACCACGAAGAUUCUAUUGACAAUAUCGUAGCUGCCAUGAAGCAAGAUGGGGUUAACGUCGUCGAGAUUCACCCAGGGCCAGACCGCGACUGGGAGGAUGUGCUCAGCUUUCUCCAUUGUAUUCCUGGGUUGCAUGAGGCCUGA